AUGGCUAGUGAGGAGAGUUUUGUGGUUUUGGUGCACCACAGAGGAUCUGUUAAUAGAAAAACUCGUUCCGGAGUAAAGUUCACAGAUAAGAAUCCUCUAUGUAUUAUCGUAACUUCUACGACGAGUUAUGAUGACCUUGUUAGCGUUGUACUAAUGAAGCUCGGUCUGGAAGGUGUGAAGCGGGUAAAGAAGUUUUUCUAUCGCAUUCCAGUCACGGUGCUACAGAAUACCGUGAAGUAUGAUUGCUUCACGAUUAAUAAUGAUGUGGACUUGCAAGUAAUGUUUCUUUGUCGGCGGCAGUUUCCGGAAGUGAGGACACCGGAGUUGUUGGCACGGCUGGUUGAUGUUGUAUCCAGCUCCGGCGGUUCGAACUGGAAUACGAACACUAUAGCGAAUCCAGCAGGUUCUAGUUCCCGGCUUGCCGUUGCUUCCUCGUCCGUCCCUGUGUACGAACCAGUGGUCCAACCUGUCGCCUCCCCGUCUUUUGCUGUUGACCUCAAUGGCACCGAAGGCGACGAGGUAGUGGAAAGGGAAAAUUUGCCGAACGCUUUAGUGGGAGUUGCACCUGUUGGCGUAGGAGACGGUUUUUUGGUUGAUGAAGAGGAGGAUGACGUCGAGCCAGAUAUGAUUGACAAUGACAGCGCUGAUGAUAUUGGAGCGACUGGGCCUGCAUUGGAGGUAGGUGGUUCUAGCUCUGGCACACAGCAGUAUCCACCACAUUUUUCCUCGUUGGACUUGGACGCCAUGAGACAUGAGGGGGUUUUAGGGCACGCUGUUGGAUUCGGAGCUAGAGAUGCGGAAGGGACUACUGGUCUGACAGAGUUCCAGGUUGGUCAGCAAUUCCAGGAUAAAGAUGAGGCCCUUUUAAGUGUGAAGACUUACAGCAUCAGGCGAGGGGUACAGUACAAGGUGGUGGAGUCCGAUCACCGCCGGUAUGUGGGCAAGUGUUCCGAGUUUGGGAAUGGGUGCACAUGGUUGAUUCGACUGAGUCUCCGGAAGCGCAAGGGCAUUUGGGAGGUCAAACGGUACAAUGGACCUCACACUUGCCUGGCCACAUCCAUCUCGAGUGACCACAGGAGUUUGGAUUAUCAUGUGAUUUCGGCGUUCAUUAUGCCAAUGGUUAGGGCCGAUGCAUCCGUGAGCAUCAAGGUGCUCCUGAACGCCACGGCAGCGCACUUUGGUUUUAGGCCGACUUACCGGAGGGUUUGGAUGGCGAAGCAAUAA